AGGUGAGCACAAGCUGCUAGUCGUGCGCUGAUCGCAAACGCAAGAUGGUGAAAAGAGUGGUGUCUGCGCUUAGCUGUGAUUCGCCGGCGUCUUUCGACAAGGCGAUGGAAGUGCUGCCGUGUCCGCUAUCCGUCGAUUUCUCGUGUUUCUAUGAUGGCGAGAGCGAGAGGCCAGAAGAUUUGGACGACGUUUGUGUGGAGGCUCGAGACGCUCUGUCGCGGCGCGUGGAGGCGGAGCUGAGGGAGGCGCACGGGGGCGGCGUCGUACUGCCCCCAGGACUGCUGCCCUCGGCUGCAGAACGUAUCCUGCAGAUGGCCAGCACCGAGCCCUACGGACUCAGAGGGUGCACGCUGCAUGUGGACUUGGAUUCAGGAAAGCAGUCUGGAGAGCGACUACGCCUCACGACCGUGAAAUGUGCGCCGGACACUGUCUCUACAUUCGAAUUGUUCCUCACACUCCAGCAGGAGACCUCUUGGAAAACCGCCCUGCCUCAGUUCCUCAAGAACCUCACCAGCGGCGGCGCGCUUGUCCUCAGCCGGGACUUCACCCUCAGCAAGAAGCGCCUCUUCCGCUCCUAUUCGUGAUCAGCGCUGGUCUGCCGAAGUCUUUCGAGCUGGAGAGCGAAGUGCCUGGAGCACGACGCCUCGUCUCUGGAGAUUCAAGACUGAACCAUCGCCUCUGUAUCAACGCCCACCGGUUUGGCAACUCUGCGGCGUGAAAGAAUCAACCGUAGCCAUUAUUCCAGUCGUAUCAUCUUCAUCGUAUUUAUACGUAUCAUUUCGCCACACACUGUCAUGAACAUCUGAGCGUAGCCUCAUUUUUUCUGCGUUUUGAAAUACAUUUGACAAAUCUCUAGAAGUGACUGUAUUACCAGUCUCUCUCAUUAUAUUAGUCCAGAGGACCUGAGCGCACCAAAGAAUUACACUGAUCACCCUUGGAUGCGCGUACUCAUCUUCAGUUCAUCCAUGUUGUACUCAUCUUCAGUUCAUCCAUGUUGCUCAUAUUUUUCUCUGAAGACUGAUUUUUCACUUUGCUGUGCCUACUUAGUCGGCUACCAUUUUGGAAGCUCGCAUUGCGAAGUAUUAUCGUUGUUUUUGUACAUUAUUUUUGACAAAGAAGAUUUUGAAUUGUUGUUUCUAAAUAUUUUAUUUAUGUGUGUUGGAGUAUUUCCAACUCUGUGAAAACAGAAGUAAAGCAAGAUGUUUGAUUAUA